UGUCACUUUAAACGGGGCAGCUGAAGGGGGAAGUAAAACUCAUGUUGCUUGUUUCGCAGCAGUGAUUACCACUUUCAGCUCGUGUUCACUGUUAUAUCGAAAACCGUGUGCAGCGAUGGCUCAAUAAACCACUGAUCGAUGAUUUUAAUGCUGUGAAGUGACAGAGCUGUAGAUCAGGAUAACAAUGCUAAGCUAGCACCAGUUGAUCUGAUGCCUUCCUGCGUUGAGUGAAUGUGUAACUCUUCACCUUUCCCAGGAUUAAACAUCCGCACUUUCAGCUGAAACAGGAUUUGUUUUUACUUCAGACGUACAUUUAAACAUUUAAUCAUGGAUUCGUUUGAAAGCGAAAGAGCUCCACUGCCCAGGAACAUGAUUGAGAACAGCAUGUUUGAGGAAGAGCCAGAUGUGGUGGAUUUGGCGAAGGAGUCCCCAUCCUACCCCAUCGACUCAGACGAUGUAGUCUAUGAACCCCGCAGUUCACGACUGUUAGUCCGAGGCCUUGGAGAAAACGACCUGGAUGAAGACGAGGAAGAUUACGAAUCCUCUGCCCGUCUUCUUGGCAUGUCCUUCAUGAACCGUAGUUCUAACCAGCGCAGCGCUUCCUCGUCCUACACCCGCCAGCAGCCUUCUGGAUCGUGCUCGAUGCCUUCAGCUAAGACCACGGUGGUAGGUGUUCUCAUCCUGGUAGUGGUGGUCUCCAUUUUCAUGGUCAUUUACUUCGUUCCAGGCUGCACUUUCACCAGAAAUGGCUGCCCAAAGACCAAUUCAACCAUGAACAACGUCUAUCCUAAUUCCACAAGCGGAGAACGUUUCCCAUGGAACGAGUUGAGGUUACCGUCCAGUGUGCAUCCUGUGCGUUACGAAAUUUCACUCCAACCUGACCUAAAGAACAUGACCUUUCAAGGCAGUGUGUCAAUCAAAGUGGAAGUGUUGCAUGAAACAAAGAUUAUUGUCCUACACAGUUCUGACUUGAACAUAACCAAGGCCACUUUUGAAGGUAAAGAGGUCCAUGUCCUGGAGUACAAACCUUGGCUGCAGAUUGCCAUCGAAUUUCCUGAAGAUCUUAAGAAGGGGACAUAUAGUUUGAACAUUCACUACACAACAAACUUCUCCAACAGCUAUGAUGGCUUCUACAACAGCUCCUAUGUUGAUACAAAUGGUACAAAAAGAGUUUUGGCCGCUACUCAGUUUGAGCCCUUGGCAGCCCGCAAGGCUUUCCCUUGUUUUGACGAGCCAGCUUUUAAAUCAACUUUUCUAAUUAAGAUUACCAGAGAACCCAACUAUAUCAGUCUUUCAAACAUGCCCAAGGUCAAAACCACGGAUUUAAAAAAUGGGCUUCAAGAAGACGAGUUUAAGGAAAGUGAUACAAUGAGCACUUAUCUUGUCGCAUUUAUUGUGGCUGAAUUUAUUAGUUACAGCAGGAAUGUCUCUAAUACUACGGUGUCUGUGUAUGCCAUUCCAGACAAAAAGGAACAAGUGCAUUAUGCUCUGAACACAGCUGCAAAACUGUUGGAGUUCUACAAUACGUUCUUCGAGAUCGACUACCCGUUAAGAAAGUUAGAUUUAGUGGCCAUUCCUGACUUCCUCGCCGGAGCCAUGGAGAACUGGGGCCUAAUCACAUUCCGUGAGACAACUUUGCUAGUAGGGAAUAAUUCCUCCCCUAUAGACAAGCAACUGGUGACUUCUGUCAUUGCUCAUGAACUUGCCCACCAGUGGUUUGGAAAUCUGGUCACUAUGAGAUGGUGGAAUGAUCUUUGGCUGAAUGAAGGAUUUGCAACCUACAUGCAGUACAUGUCUAUUUCAAAUGUGUUCCCAGACCUUGACAUAAACACUGAAUUCUUAAAUGUUAGAUUUAAAGCGCUAGCCAAAGAUGCUUUGAACUCGUCCCACCCAGUGUCUACUGUCGUGAGCACCCCAGAGCAGGUGGAAGAGAUGUUUGACUCUGUGUCUUAUGAGAAGGGUGCUUCAAUACUGCUGAUGCUCAAUGCAACACUCAGAGAUGGGGAGUUUCGAAAAGGAGUGAUUGAGUACUUACAAAAGUAUAACCGAUCAAACACAGAAAGUGAAGAUUUAUGGAACAGCCUUUCCCAGGUCAGCAAACAAAAUGUAAAUGUAUCUGAGAUGAUGCACACCUGGACUGUUCGUAAGGGCUUUCCUCUGGUCACAGUGAAGAGGAAUGGCACUCAAGUGACAUUGUCGCAAGAACAUUUCCUUCUGAAUGCUGAAAACAGCACGGACGACAGCAGCUUGUGGCAUAUUCCCCUGACAUAUGUGAACGAAAGCUGUAGUGUUCGCAGCUCCUGCAAACAAGUGUUCCAUCUCAAGGACAAAACAGCCAUAUUAAAGCUUCCAGCUAAGGUGAAGUGGUUGAAGUUCAACUUCAGGAGUGAAGGCUUCUACAUAGUGCAUUAUGAUGUGGAGGGAUGGAAGGACUUGAUUGAGGCUUUGCAGAAUGUGACUGUCCUCCCCUGUGAAGACAGAGCAGCUCUCAUCAAUAACAUCUUUGCUCUUUCCAGAUUGGGCAAGGUGUCCUUCAGGCAGGUCUUAAACCUAAUGAACUACAUCAAAAACGAGACAGAGACGGCUCCUCUGACUGAAGCUCUCUUCCAACUUGGUCAGAUUUACAGAUUGCUGGACAAAAGAUCAGAGUUAAACUUGGCCUCUAGAAUGAAGAGUUACAUUGACGAUCAUUUUGGAAGUUUGAUGGAGAGUCAGUCAUGGGAACUGGAAUCUUCUGUGUCGAAGAUGACGCUUCGGUCUGCCCUGCUGGAGAUGGCAUGUUCCCUCAACAGACUCAGCUGCACAACACAGGCCAAACAUCUGUUUGAUCAGUGGGUCAAUUCCAACAAGACUUUUCAGAUUCCUAGUGAUCUCAUGACAACAGUCUUCAAAGUUGGUGCCCAAACAGAAGAUGGAUGGGAUGUGCUUCUAAGCACAUAUAAACACUCCAUCUGUGACGCAGAGAAGCGCAAGACACUGGAAGCAUUGGCCAGCACUCAGGAUGUACGGAAAAUCAUUUGGAUUCUACAGAAAAGUCUUGAUGGAAGUGAGAUUCAAACUCAGGAAUUUCCUUUGGUGAUCCACACAAUCUGCAAGAACUUUGCUGGCUACCUCUACGCUUGGGAUUUUGUGAAGGAGAAUUGGGGGAAAAUCACUCAAAAGUUUUCUAUCGGAUCCUUUGCCAUUCAGAACAUCAUCAUGUCCGCAACCAGUCAAUUUUCCACAAAAACGCAUCUCAUGGAGGCCCAGAACUUCUUCAGUUCUCUGGGGGCGAAAGGUUCUCAGAUGAGGAUCGUGCAGGAAGCCACUGAGACCAUUAAGCAGAACAUGCGAUGGAUGGAGAAGAACUUGGACACGCUCCAGCACUGGUUGUAGUGCGAGGAGGAGACAUGACAGCUCCUCUCUUGUGCCUCUCACUCCCUCAGGUGAUGUCACCGGGCACAUGCAGGUGUGAGUGAUAUUACCAUGACAACAGCCAGAGCCAUAAAUGUACAAACGUUAGGUCAAACUCAAGACAGAAGGGCAGAUUUACUUGGAUGUAAAGGGCCGUUUAAAAACAUUUCUUUUCAGGGCGUCUAAUAGGGAAUUUUCCUGAGUACUCCAGUGAGCUGUGACCUAGCAAGAAGCUUACUAGAUAUCUGUCUGAGAACAUUUAGCCUUUAAUACUAGCUAUGUAAAUGAACAAGUCUGGAUAUUAAGCGUAAAGCAGAUAUAUGUUCUUUCUUCCUUCAAGUUGAGUGAAAUGAAAGCGUAAAGUCAGCAGCAUAUGAUUUCCUGUGUCAUAACUUGAGUGUUGCUGCUUGGGAAAGGUUGAUGUGUUUUCUUCUUGCGGUUCACUUGGGGGGCCCCAACUCGGUAUGUGUAUGGCUCUGGCCUCAAGCACUAUUUGCACUAUUCAAAAAUUCAGCUUGCUCAGGGCAAAUCUGGUUCUUGUUGAAAUAUCAUGAUGCAUUUAGUCCCUUUUACUUAAUGUCGGUGGCUAUAGACCAAAACCUCCCAUCAGUAUCUCUUAAAUAUGCCCUUACUACGCAUUGCCAAAAUAAUAGCUGCCUAGUGAAAUACUGAAAUCAUGCUAUAGGAGAAAUAUCAAGACAAGCCCCAUUCUUCUAAGUAUAAAAGUUUUAUUUAUGUAUGUGGCCGUGAUGUUUUUAAUCAUUUGCAUAGUCUGCAAUGCUUGUAAUCCAGCACUGUGUAAAUGUUAUUGCCUGAGAAAUGUUCCAAAUUUCAUCCUUUGCACAAGACGUAUUUUGAAAUUUAGUUUAGAGUUGAGUGUGUAUAUUAUGUUUUAUUUGUGCAGGCUUGGAUAUAGGUAAAAGAGAGUUUGCUUGUUUGUUGUCAUUGGAAAGAUUAAGUUAGCUUUUCUAAAACAUAAGUGUGGAUUUUAUUUUGGAUUUUGCUAUGCACAUUCUGAUGACGCUGAAAUAUUUAAAAAAAAAUUGUUUUAUAUAUAUAUAUAUAUAUAUAUAUAUAUAUAUAUAUAUAUAUAUAUAUAUAUAUAUAUAUAUAUAUAUAUACACAAGAGGCAAAGGAAAUGUAAACUCUGUGGUUUUACCUAUAUGAUUUGACUCAGAGAAAUAUGUUUGUUAGCAAGUCUUUGUGUACAGAGCUUUAAUUAAGGAUAAUUCGGUAUUGUCAAAUUGCUACAAGACAAAAAAGGCGUCUAAAGUCACAUCACUGAUGGAGAGUUGUUACGUUUUCAAUCCUUGCUGAUCUUCACUGGUUACUACUGAUUUGUACUGUUCAAGGAUUGAAAGGUUUUUUUUUGUGUGUGAUGUGUUUUCUUCACAUAUUUUCCUCACUGAUUUUCUAGCGAUUCAGGAUUUUUUAUUUUUUUUUGCAGUAUAUUUCAAAUGCUUUUAGUUUGUCAAAAAAUAUGGAGUCAAAAACAGUAUCACAUCCUCACACAAAUGCAUGGGUCAAGAUGCACAUUUAUCCACCUUUUUGUAAACUCAUAAUACAGACCACAAAUACAUUUAAUGAACAGAAUCUACUGGGAUAUUAUCAUGAGAUGAUAUGUGUGAAUAUUUGUGCAUUUUUAUGCAUGCAUUUUUAAUAUUGUUUUAACUCCAUACAUACAGUAGAUGUUAGGUUCUUUCCAUGUAUGAGUGUGAAAAUCUGUGCUCACUCUGUCUAAAGCUCACAGUAAUACCAGGUUUUUGUUUAUAGCUCAGUGCUUUGACCUCAUAAAAUGUCAAAUAUGACUGGUACAUAGUAAUACAGCUGGUACAUUGUUAUUAUUUUGUAUGCAGCAGUUGUAAUUUUACUCUUUUUUUCAUCAGAUUUAUUCAUAUAUUUGUGAUGGAAGUGAAUGAUAAGUCUUUGAAGGAAGGCCAAUGGCAACAUUGUUACACUGUAAUGAACACUUCUAAUGUCAGGUUGGAGCGUUACAGUUAUCGAUCGAAUGUAUUCAUGUUUGUUACUAUGAAUCUGUUUAAACACAAACAUUAUGAUUGUAAUUCCCAUGUGUCUGAAUUCAUCUGGAUUUACAAUAUGGUUAAUUAAACACAAUGAAGUGUUAAAAAUACAGUGUAUCUAUCUGUUGAAUCAGUUUUCUCAAAUUAUUUAGAUGUCACCAUUUCUUAAUUUAUGAUUCAUAUGAACCUUUUGAUUUCUGUAAUGUCCAUCAUGAGGUGUUUUGUGUUAUUGGCUGCCAUUCACAAAAUAAGUAUAUAUGUAAUAAUUUUCCCCCUGAAAUGUUUCAUUGUGCCUGUAACAGGCUGCUUUAUAGAAAUGCUAGCUGUUUGGGCAAAAUUCCAGAUGUUAAACUGUUAAACUUGACAGAUAGUUAAAAGGAGAAAUAUGUUUUUGCUUGUGAAACAUUUGCUGUGUUAAAUGGCUUGAAAAGCUUAUCAUGCCUAAAGAAACUAGAUUUAUUUGCUUGAACAGGUUGCAGGGGAAAUUGUCUUAUUUUCUGUUGUCAAACAGCUUUACACUGGGUUUGGAUUCUAAGUUUUUAAGAUGUUGCUUCAUGAAAAACCACUGACCCAUCUUUAUAAAAGACAAAAAAUAAAAAAACAUUUUGUGCACAAA